UUGCGUUAAAAUGAAGUUCGUAUUUCUCUGUAUGGUAGCUUUAAUUUUAGUGGCGUGUGUGGAGUCCAUGAUAUUUGUGAAGAUACUGCACAAUGACAAGUACCCCGGCCAGUGUUACCCCAUUCAUGUGCGAGUGGGUAAAAAGAAGAAAUACGAUGUUUUUGCCCUACAACCUGGCGAGGAAGUCAGUGACCCAAACACCUGCGGCGUACAGGUCUGCAUGACCGCCGCAGGACUUACUCAUGUGUACUACUGUCCUCGCACUUUGCCGAGCAGUGGCUGCAAGGACGAUGAAGCCAUGGACACGUUGCUAAAAUUCCCGGAGUGCUGUUGGACUUGUGCCACCAGUAGGGACUGCGAUGAAAGCGAGUCCUUUCCUUCUUAUCCGUAUCCCCCCAAAAUGAGAGAUGAUCAACCAGAUAAUUAAAAUUAUUUAUUUGCACAGAAA